CGUUCGCUGGUAUGUCCAGGAGAUACACUAAGGUAUCGCGAGAGUGAGAAAGAAAUUGUAAGGUGUUAGUGAGUUGAGCGUUGACUUCCUUCAGGUGUGAUAUUUGGCCUCCUCGCUCGAUUUACUAUCUGACCCAUAUACACAAUUAUAUAAAUCGCUACGACGAUUUAUUUGCUAAUCGCUCAUCUUUUUGCGUACAAGUUUCGCCAUAUCAGUUGCAGCAACUGAGACUACUACUUGAAACUGUUCGAAAUGCGGACACGGAUGAAUCUGGUUCGUUUCUUCUGGUGCUUGUCCGUUGUCGCCGUUAUCGGAAUGACGAUUGCUUGUGCCGAGCCGACGGCUAGAUUGACCAGAUCGGAGGAUAUCGGCUCAGACGAUCAGCUAAAGAGAUACACCGAUUAUGUUAGAAAUUAUUAUUCCACGUUCGGGAAAGCGAGGCAUGGCAAACGAAGUGAUGCUGCGCCGGUGAUGGAACUGGACGCCACUUGGAAGACUUUAAAGAUGAUUCAGGAUGCGCAGAGGCAACAGCAAAGGCAAGAAAACGUCAGGCAGAACACAGAGCAAGUCCUGCUCCGCGACUUUCCGAGUUCGGACACCGACGAGUAUACGUCGUACGACGCUACACGAUCCGUCUCUCUUCCGGAUAUAAUCAGCAAUUAUUACAACGAUGUACAAUAAACAUGUCACGUCCUCCUCCCUUUCCUAAUAUCGAGAUUAAUUUCCUCUUGACACUGGUAUAACACGAAGUUCUCUAUCGUCCCAACUAAUCAUAACGCUUGUCGAUGUCAAGUUUUGUUUUCUUCUCUUUAGAGUUUAAUUUAACGAAUAUCUCAUCGAUAUAUAGAUAAAGAUGAGAAUAUGCUUGAAGAUAACAAAGAGCGAUGUCAAGGCGAUGUAUUACAAUUUCUCGUCAAGGUACUUGGAAACGUUUAAAUUUAAAACUAAUGCCUGAGAUAAUGCUUCAAAUUAUAUAAAUUAUAUAAUAUGAAUCGAUGUACCACAUUUAUAAUCGUAUUUAACCUUGCAUAAAUUUAAAUUUAACUUGUGCAUAAAAAUUCUUUACGAUACUUAAGCUAUAUAAUAAAGAUGAAUUGGACUUAAAUUUAUUUUAACAGACUAUAAUUUGACCGAUGUAUAAAGGAGAAAUA